CUCUCAAUUAUUAGCGAUAUAAACCUUUGUAGCUGCCGGUCAUUUCUCUCUCUCUCGCACCCUCUCUCCCUUUCUCUAAGCAAGCUAAAACACAACAAGAAUAAAACCUAUGGCUGGUAUGCUUCCAGGAGUUGAGUGCGCGAGGAGGCGGCGCUUUCACGGCGGUGCUCCACCGAUUGACUUAUCCAACACGGCUUCUGUGGCGGCAGCAACGGGACACGUAUGGACUCGCCGACCAUCCUUCUCUCUCUACACUACCAAUCACGAGAGUCACCAAGCCUAUGUCUCCUUCUCGGAGAGAAAUGUUAGGAACAAAUCUUACGGUGUUGAUAACGACGAGAAGCUCGUAGGAGCAGCCAAAGAGGCGAAAGAUAGAUUGGACGAGCGGCUGAGAAACCCGCGAAGAAGGCAAAAUGGCAAAGACAAAGUGAAUAAAUUGGAGCAAGGGAAAAUUAAAUCUCUCAUGGAUUUACCGACAGAGGUAGUUGGGUUGAAGAAGAGCCGGGGAAGGCUUGUCAAAUGGUUCGGGUGGCGAGUAAGGCACCAACAAGAGUGUGCUAUAUGUCUUGACCAGUUCAAGACGGGUGAGACAUUGGUCCACCUACCAUGCACCCAUAAGUUUCACUCUAUAUGCUUAUUGCCUUGGCUAGAUACCAACGCGUAUUGCCCUUAUUGUAGAAUGGACAUUUAUUAAUUGUAACAAUUUAAUGUCAUAUACUUGUUUACGGCUA